CACCGCUACCAGCUACCACCCGGCGUUGUCCACUUUCCUGGACUGGACAUGGGAUGGCCAGGGGCGAGGUGAAGGCCGUGCAUGUCUCCUUCCAGAGGCAAACUAAUCAUGGAUGAAAAACAGGACUGUGGUGACAUCGACACAGCUCUUUGAUCGGUUUUGAUUAGCGUCAUCACAGGUUGGGCGGCACAGAGCAGACAGCAGUGCCAUGUCAUAUAUAGGUCCCCAUGACCUCGCGCGCUCUCUAACUUUCCCUCCUGUGAGGAAGAAUUUGUUGAUUCGCUGUCUGUCUUCCCUUUCCCCUCGUUUCCUUCUUUUCGCUUUCGCUUCCUGGGUGCUGGCCAUCCAUCCCCUUUUAUUCUUCUGUUCUACUCGUACUUUUUUCGCAACCUUUACUUAUCUACCGUCGCCCCCAGCUAAUCACUUCUUGGGGUCACCCUCGAGCCUCACUGUGCCUCUCCGACAUUCAUUACCAACCAAUAUGCCCUUCUCCUUCGCCCGCAUCUUCCGUGCCUCCAAACCCCGUAAGUUCUCUACUAAGGACGACCACCCCUCAACUACCCCUCAUGGUUCGGAAGCCGUCAUCACCAUCACUCGUCCCUCUGCCUCCUCGUCGUGUGUCGACUUACCGGCGACUGCCGAGGCUCCCCACUGCCGCCGUCCACACACAUUGACGAUCCACAAUAGCCGGAGCAACCCAUCAAUGAACCAGGCGUACUUGAACCCGCCCCCCUAUUCCGCGCUCUCCACUAUCCAUUCGGCUACCGGGACCGUAUAUGGGACUCCACCGACGUCACCGGAGUCGUCCCCGCACGACCAGGUCAUGGUCAUUGGUCCAGACCAGCUCAGCGUACGCUUCCCUCCUACGCCAGGGUUUGAUUCGGACGUAGAGACACUCGCAGAGGAAGGCGCGUCGACUUCAAAGCUUGACCUUGGUCAGGGGGCGGAGGAGGAGGAGGAGGAACAUCCCGAGGAGCCCGUCCUCCAGUCUCAGUUGCAGGCUACUGCCUCCGAGCGGCCGUCGCCCCCGACGCGCCCGCGCCAGAUCUCGUUCAGCCCGCCCCACAGCCGCUCAGCGAGCCCCGCGCAGGACAUCCCGGCGCUCCCCGAGCCGCGGCACGACAGGCCCGCGACGACGCACAUCGUCCCGCGCGGCAUCCUCAAGAACUCGCCCUCGCGCGGCGCCCUCGGCUUCGCCACCUCCUCGGGCAGCACGACCAUCCCCGCCGCGCCGACGCCCAUGAGCGAGACGUUCAGCCUCGCGCACGGCCUGUCCACGUCCGCCCCCGCCCCGACCUCGACCUCGACACCGAAGCCGCAGCGCAAGUCCGUGCCGGCGCAGCCAAAGCCACAGCAGCUGCCGAUUGGCCCCACGCCGACGCAGGACGAGAUCGACGCGGCGCAGAGCCAGCGCCGACGCAAGGCCAUGUCCAUGUUCCAGUUCCAGCGUAAGAUGUCCCAGCGCGACCUGCCGCAGCCGCCCACUUUCACUAGCGCUAGUACUAGUGCUGGUGCUGGUGCUGGUGCUGGUGCCAGCAGGCCCCUACCGCAGCCCCCGCGCGUGCCGGGCGUGGUCGCGCGGCACUUCUCCGUUCCGCCGCUCGCGCCUACCUAUCCCGGCGAAGGGGACCCCCUCGGCACAGGCACGAGCAGCCGCAGGAACAGUCGCCGCAACAGCCGCCGCACAAGCAACAGGCACAGCGGCGGUGGCAAUGCCAACGCCAAUGCCAACGCCAGCGCCAACGCUGCCAGCAGCAGCAACGCCGCUGGAGCUCCCGCGGACGAGGCACUCCCGACCUACCGCCAGUCGAUGGAGGCCGCGAACCCGCCGAGCAGGCGCACAUCAAAGCGCGGCUCGCGCACCUCGCGCUGGAACACGGACUGGAACAGCGACGAGACGCAGGCGGUGCUUACCGCGCUGCGCGGCCUGAACUGAGAACGCGCCAGCACAUUCACACGUCACGUCCUUACGAGAGCAAGAUACCGCAUAUUCUAUUCUACCAUCACGUUUACCCUUCCCCUGCCCUCCCUGUUACGCAUUUUUUCCAGUGCUUCACGGUCGAGAGAGACGAGAGAGAACAUUUGUUCGGGCAUUGAACAGUUGGAGCCUCAACUCAGAGAUCGACGAUUUGAUAACUUAGGUUGUUUUUUUAUUUAUCUAUUGCAGCGAUAUCUGUUGUACGCAGUUUUGUACGUGCACGAUCCCGUCAUCCGUAUACCACAGCAACCAUACUAUUCGUUCUACUAUCCAUGCUUUCGUGCUUUCGUGUAAAAUUAUCUGUAUCAUAUGCUGUGUAAGUGCUAUAAUCCCGCUGCGAC